AUGGCUGAUCAAUCAACCAUCUACACUUUGGACAUAGAUGACGGCCGGGAUCCCUUGGUGCGAGAAUACAUCGACAAUACUCUCGAAGCCCUCCUUCACGGACUAUCUGCCUCCCCACCAGAGGCAUUAUCCAUCACCCUCAAGUGCAGAGCCCGCCGGACAGAUGCUAUCAUCAAUCCGAUCAGCGGGGCACUGGAAGCGAAUCCGAGAAUUGAGACGCACCGGACAUACUUUUGGCCAGGCAAGACGGCACAUGAGGCCUGGAAAUUCACCGUGAUACUCCAGAUCCUGGCGAUCUUGGACCAGGCCAUCCAAACAGGACAGUUGAUCUCCAAGAGGGACAUAUACUAUAUCGAUCCGCAAUUCUUCCGUGCGCAAUAUAUAGUAGACGGCAUUGUCGAUGACCUGGCAUACACAAUCGGGGUGAACAGAACUGCGUUGAAUGUGGAAGCGGCAGCAAAAGGGCUCGUAACGGGGAACGUUCGUCUGAUUCGCGGCCCACAUGUUUUGAUCGAUGCGCAAUCGGAUACCGAAGACACCUUGAUUCCACGCAUCAAGGACGGAGAUGAGAUCGAUGUCUCGCGGGUUCGAUGGGUGCUGGUAAUCGAGAAAGAGGCAGUGUUCCAUCGGCUCGCGAGAAUCAGCUACCACACAAGAGCACUAGCCGGACAAGGGAUCAUGGUUACGGGCAAAGGAUACCCCGAUUUUCUGACGCGAAGAUUCUUACGCGCAAUGUCCGACUCCGUGUCUAACCAGACCCGACAGCUGACGCGUUUCUAUGCCCUUACGGACGGUGACCCGCAUGGUAUGGCCAUCAUGUCAACAUACAAGUAUGGCUCGACGGCGCAUUUAGAUCAGAAUGCUCGGCUCAGUAUACCCAGAUUGCAAUGGCUGGGUCUUCGAGUGACAGAUAUCAUUGCAGUUCCAGAGGUACUUGGCGACAAGGCUCUUCUGUCGUUGACGAUACGAGACCGCAAGAAGAUCAUCGCCAUGCUUCGGAACAGUCCUGUGUGGGCGAUUGACGGACCGGAGCCAGAAUGGCGUGCUGAGUUGCAGCGGAUGCUGCUUUUGAAUCUCAAGGCCGAGAUUGAAAUAUUGUAUGAGUGCCAUGGGGGCUUGGAGGGAUGGAUUGAUCGGAGGAUGUUCCGACAGGAGUAA